AUGGAAGGACUCAGUGUCACCAUCUUUGUCACCGUGCAGAAGGUCUUCUACCCACUCCUUUGCAUCAUGGGUAUACCAGCCAACCUCUUCACCUUCUACAUGAUCGUCUUCCGCAAGUGCGGCAUGUCGGACACGGCCGUGGUCUACCUGAGCUGCCUGGCCCUGGUGGACACCUCCUACGUGCUGUGGGUGGUCCUCAUCGACCUGACCCUCACCUUCUGGCUGCUGCAGCCCUUCUGGCACUCCUACCCGUGGUGCGGCCUGCUGGGCUUCCUGCAGUACGGCGCCCUGUACAGUUCCUCCUGGAUCGUGGUGGCGUUCACCGUGGAGCGCUACCUGGCCCUGCGCAGCGCCGCCGCCAGGCCGCCCUGCUCGCAGGCCCGGGCCACCGUGCUGACGUGCGCCGGCGUGGUGGCGGCGUCGCACCUGGCGUCCGUGCCGCUCUGCUGGAUCAACGUGGUGGCGCCCAAGGACGUGACGGUGGACGGACGGAACCUGACCGUGCCUCGGUGUCACUACCGAGAGGAGCUCUACUCCACGGUCAUUGUGUGGGUGACCACCUUCCUGUCGGGGGGGAUCCCCAUCGUGCUGGUCAUGGUCUUCAACUACCUCAUCGGGUGUCACCUGUGCCGCGCCAGUCGGCUCUUCACCAAGGAGGAGCGUCGUGUCAUCCGCGGGCGAGCCACCAGGGGCAUGUUGAGGAGGACCAUCCUCUUGCUGGGCACCGUCUCCGUGGCCUUUGUGGUUCUCAGCCUGCCCCGCUUCGUCACCUACUGCAUCCUGAGGACCGAGCACAACACGGCCUACUUCGACCGCAACGACUACCGUCUCCCCAUCAACGUCGCCGGCGACGUGGCCAACAUGCUGCAGAACCUCAACUCCACCACCAACUUCUUGCUCUACUGCGUGGUCAGCAGGCGCUUCCGGCAGGAGCUGGUUCGGGCGCUGACUUGCAAAGUUAGGACUCGCGAGCCCGCCUCCAACUUCACGCACACCAUGAACGUCUUCUCCGUCUCAGAGCGUAAGACCACACCAUCCGACCGCAAACAAAUCCCCAAAUGUAUAAAAAAAGCAACUUGGUAA